UAUGUAUGGACCUUUACUGGAUUAUAUUUUGUCAAUAGUUGAUGAAAAACCAAGACUACCUUAUCUAGAAGUGAACACUGCAGUUUUGGAACCAAAAAUUUGGAUAUUACAUCCUUGGAUGCUGGCAAAAAUUUCAUAUUAUGAUGAAACUUUUUAUUUGAAAUAUCGUAACAAAUUAAUAGAAUGUGUUCGACAAGAACAAAAAUUGAUGAUUAACGGUACAUUAUCACCAUUAAUUAUCAAGCCAAAAAUGUUUUACAGACAAAACCAUGUUCAUAAAGGUAUUGAUCAGAUCGACUGUGAAAUGAUGGAAAAAUUGCUUAGACAAUGGAAUAUACUCGUAAAUAUUUUUGAUAAAAAAAGAGCCGAUAAGUUAGUUGACUUUUUAAAAAAGGAGUGGAUAAUGUUUAAAGAAUAUUUUACAAGUCAUGGAUCCAUAAGAAAUUCAGAUCGAAUUUUCAAGGAUAUGUUUAUGAAGGUCUGGACAAAUUUUUUUAAAGAAUUGGGAGUACGGGUUGAAGAACCUUCGGCAUAAAUAAAUCUUACUUCCCAAUAUAAUUAAUUAUUAUGCUCAAAUUAUGAAUUGGUAAAUUGUAGACAGCUCUUCGAUAACAUCAAUAUUCUGAUGUAGAUUGUUUUACUAUCAUCGUACAUUAAGCGAAUUAAUCUUUUGAUCUCUUAAAAUAAGAUUCACUCUUGCGAACUUGAUCCUGAUCCCAAUAUUUUUCGCGAACCUAUUAUUGCUUUUCAUAAUCUGUACUCUUCCAAAUUGAAAUAAAUGAAAAAGUAAAAAUAAAAGUAGAGCUAAAAUAAAAAGAAAAAAGAAAAAAAAUCUAAAAGUAGAAAAAAAAGAUCUAAAUAUCAUUAAUUAUAAAUUUUAUAAAG